AUGAAGUUUAUUUUGCUCUUGAUCACUACGGCGUUCACGCUCGUCCAGACUCUGGCUCGGCAAGCGCCUCAUCCGCUUCCUUGGUCGAGUCCUGGGCCUGGAGCUGUGCGGGCACCCUGUCCCAUGCUGAACACCCUCGCCAAUCACAGUUUCCUCCCCCACGGCGGUAAAGAUAUCUCGGAGGCGCCAUUGAUCACGAAUCCUCAUACUAAUGCUACAAAAUUUUGUCUGAAUGACCUGAAUCGACACAAUAUCUUGGAACAUGAUGAUGCCAGCUUGAGUCGCCAAGAUGCUUAUUUCGGAGAUAACGUCGACUUCAACCAGAUUAUCUUUGAUGAAACCCGGUCGUACUGGCCUCAUUCCAUCGUCGAUAUCCAGACCGCUGCACGAUCCAGUCAGACUCGGGUGAACAUCUCUAUUGCCACCAAUCCUACGUAUAAUAUGUGCGAACUUGGCUUGGACUUCAGUUAUGGCGAAAUCGCAGCUUAUAUCCUUAUACUUGGGAGCAAGUAUUCCGGAAAGGUCAACAGAUCCUGGGUGAAAUAUCUCUUUGAGAACGAACGUCUCGCUGUGCAACUUAGCUGGGCUAGUCACAACGAGACAAUUACGAGCGAUGACCUCAACAAGAUGCUCGAGAUGGUCGUCAACGCUCCAUCAACUAGUUACAAUAAGCGCAGCGAUAUUGUCCGGCAUGGAGGUAUGCAUACUGGUCGCAGAGCUUGAGGCCUCAGGGAAAACUGGCGUGUCUUGCUAGCUUGCUAGACCCACGUAGAGAUUGCGCCUCAGUAUCUAAGUGUCGAAACAGAAGUCCAUUCAAUUGUACCUAGCUAUAAUCUCAUGUCUUUGUUUCGCU